UGGUGGUAGUAGAGUUGAACAAGAACAAAUAUUUUAUGAAAAAUAUCUAAUACUGAAAAUUAAACAUCAAUACAUCCAAAAAGAAAAUGAGUUAUUAGCUGAUGAAUACCAACUAAUCAAAAAGAAAUUAAAGAGAUUAAAAAUCGAAAAGUUUAUUUUAUUAGAUGCU